AUGAGCCGCCGGACCAGUCGCGCCGAUCAGCGGCAGCCGCCGGCUCGUUCCGCCUUCGUGUCGAACAACCCGAUCUUCUUCUGCGAAGACGAGUCGAUGACUCGGCUCAAACCGGCCGACCUGCACCGCCGCCACGCGGAGCCCGGCGCCGUGCACGCGCUCGUCCUCGACGACGUGCCGGCUGCCGUCGGCAAGCCGCUGCCGCUGCCACUGCCGCCGAGCAGGAUGCAGAAGCAUAUCCCGGCAGGCUCGCGCGCAGCAGGUUCGACGCUCGUGAUGAGCAAGCACGGAAGCGGCUGGGUCCUGAUGAGGAGGGUGCCCCGUGACGACCCGUUCCUCGCCGCCUACCUGGCCUGCUCCAAGAGCGGCGGCGGCAAGGUCGAUGCCGAGCCGGCGAAGCGCCCGCAAAAUAGGAAUAACAUCAGAGGCGAUGCUGUCCAGGGGUGCGGCAUUUGGGGCGGUUGGGCGGCCGGCGCGAAGUACGCCGCCGGAGCGAUGUCGUGCAAGUACGGCUGCGACGUUGCCCGUCCUGCUGCCGUGGUGCAGGACCCCGCGGUGCCCAGGCUGCACCUGUCGCGGCAGCUGGUGGUGAUCCCGGCGAGGAAGAGGGCCCUGGCACGGGGACGAGCGCAGGAAUGA